AUGCCACCGACACCCAGGAAACACCUACCCGACCACCCACUUGCCCUACUCGGUCCGAGUAACGUAUAUUCUGCGCGCCUCUUCCUCACUACUUCUCUCUCUCUCUCCCAUUCUCUCUCUUUCUUUCUCUUUCUCUCUCUCUCCCAUUCUCUCUCUCCCAUUCUCUCUCUCCUAUUCUCUCUCUCCCAUUCUCUCUCUCUCUCCCAUUCUCUCUCUCUCCCAUUCUCUCUCUCCUAUUCUCUCUCUCUCCCAUUCUCUCUCUCUCUCAUUCUCUCUCUCUCUCUCUCUCCCAUUCUCUCUCUCUCCCAUUCUCUCCCUAGGAAUAUUUUAGUCUUUUGUACUUUCGACACUCCCUCCCCCUUUCUCCCUCCCUCUUCCUUUCACGCUCUCUCUUUCUCUCCACCUUUCACUCUCUGGAAUAUUUUACAUUUUGGACUUUUCAGACUCUCUCUGUUUCCCUUUCACACACACACACACUCUCUCUCUCUCUCUCUCGAUCCCCUUUUCUCCCUCUCUCUUUCUCUUUCUCUGGAAUAUUUUAGCAUUUUGGUCUUUCCACCUCACUCUCUCUCACCGUUUUACGCUCUCUUUUUCUUUCGACACCCUCUUUCUCUUCCUCCCUGGAAUACUUUAGCCUUUUGGUUUUUCAGCCCCCACUCACUUUCUGUUUCUCUCAUUGCCUCUUUCUCUUUCGACCUUCUCUUUCCACCCUUUUACACACACACACACACACACUCUCUCUCUCUCUCUCUCUCUCUCUCUCUGAAUAUUUAA